GGCAAGUCUGACUCACAAUUGCCUCCUGCAGCUCUGCAGCGUAACGAGGACACGAGGAUCCGCCCCUCCAUAGCUUACUACCUCGGGAAACACCCGAAACUAACCAGAGCCUGGUCAUACUCUAGCCUCGAACGCAAUGAAAACACGCGUUGUUCUGAUCGGUAUCGGAGGGGCAACGUGCUCCGGGAAGACCACUCUGGCGAAGCACCUCCGACGUAUAUUGCCUGACAGUGUCAUUAUACACCAAGAUGAUUUCGCACCACCUCAAGAACUGGUUCCAGUGCACCCCAUGUAUGGUGUGCAAGAUUGGGACCGCGCAGAAGGCGCGAUAGAAUGGCCCAGGAUCAUCAAGGCACUAGAAGAGGUCAGGCGAACAGGAGUGAUACCCCCAGAGCAUGUGUCGCACGACCAUCUCAACGCGCAGAAGGAUGUGCCCAUAGACGAAACUACAUUCCAGAAGUGGAGAAAACGGUUCGAAGAAGUAGAGCAGGAACACCGAGAGAGGGGGGAGGAGGUCAAGUGGGUAAUUGUGGAUGGAUUCCUACUGUUUUGGGAGCCGCAAGUAGUUGAGAAGCUUGAUCACCGCAUCUUCCUCCGGGUACCCCACGACGUCCUCAAGCAACGGAGGCACGAACGGCAUGGGUACCACACUGCAGAGGGCAGCCUUUGGCGCGAUCCGCCGAAUUACUGGGAGCAGAUCGUCUGGCCGGCAUAUGUCGCCGCGCACGAGCAGAUUCUCGAGAACGGGGACGUCGAGCACGGGAAGCCCAAUGGCAAAGUUCCGGGGCUGCUGCUGUUCGAGGGGCUUGAGGUGGGCAUGAGCGAAAUGGUUGAACGGGUGUGUAGCGUGCUCGAUACAGGGGCGGUGGGUGGAGAUUAGCUGUACACAGGGAACAUAGACUUCAUUUUCUUCGUGAGCUUGGGAUGGGAUCGUUCCUCGCGGCGGAA